AUGGUAGAACACAUUACUGUCAAUGGUGCCGACCUUGCCUACCGCCUGGUCGGACCCAAGGACGCUCCCUUGAUCAUCACUCUGCACGGUGGCCGUGGAUUCGGAGAUCACACCUCCGACUUCAAAGCCUAUUCUCCCCUCUCUCAGGGUAACUACCGCAUCCUUUCAUUCGACUAUCGCGGACAUGGCCAGAGUUCGCGCACCAAGCCGUACACUUUCCAGCAACUAGUGGACGACAUCGAAGCCCUUCGACGUCGCUUUGCAGGGGCAGACACCCGGUGCAUCAUCUGCGGCGGCAGCUUCGGUGGAUUUCUGGCUCUGCAAUACUCUAUAAAAUACCCAAAUAAAGUGUCUCAUUUGAUCUUGCGCGGGACGGCCGCCUCCCACCAUCAUGAAGAACAAGCCAUCCAAACCCUCCAAGCCCAUCUCCACCGAGCCCCGGGGAUGAGCAUCAACAUGCUCCGUGACAAGAUCUUCGGCCGCUUCAACAGUGAUAUCGAAUUCCAGCUCGUUAUGCACGCUGCUGCACCGCUCUAUCGAGAGACAUUUGAUCCUGAUCUUGCUUUACAGCAGAAUCUCGCUACGGUGUUCAAUGCCGAAUCGCAUAAUGAUCUUUACGCCGCACCGGAGAAGCUCUUCGACUACCGAGAUCAGCUCCAUCAGAUCAGUGCGAGGACUCUAGUCAUUGUGGGGGAGAAAGACUGGAUUUGUCCGCCGGAGCAGUCAGAGAUUGUUGUGGAGGGGAUCCCGGGAGCCAGGUUGGCGGUUGUGGCUGGCGCAAAUCAUAGUGUGCAUUUGGAGAAGAAUGAGCUGGUUUUGGAGAUGAUUCGGGGGCAUCUGUCUCAG